AUGGCCAGUUUCCAGCUUCCUGAUAUCCUGAGCUACAGUCGAUCCUUUAACUUACGUGCCAACAAGCACUGCCGGAGAAUAACUGACGCGUCGGAAGCGUGGAUUCGCACCCAAGAUCCUCCAAUACUAAAUGAGGCAGAGUGUGAAACGUUGACUGGCGUGAAAGCAGGCCUUCUGGCCUCACUAUGCUUCCCUACGUGCGACGGGCCUCAGCUUCGUCUUUUCACCGACCUCUGCACGCUGAUGGUCUAUUCGAACGCCCGGCUUUGGCGCCAACCUUUGCGGUCUUGUUGGUCAGGCGAUGGUACAGGGAACGGAGUCGACCUUUUCUCUGGUCACAGAAUAUUGGUGCACCUCGUCCCUCGUAUUCGGAAGAUAUACGAUGAGGCAUCUCAGAUGUGGAAGAACAGAUUCACGGAAUCCGUACGAACCUAUCGCUCUGCACAACUUAAGGUUAUGGAGAACCGACACCAUGUUCCUGGAAUUGCAGAGUACCUCGAUCUUUUGCCGGACCUGAACGGUAUCAAGAUAGUCCUCGACUUUAUAGAACCGGCUGAAGGGCUGGAUAUCGAAGGAAAGGUAUCGGAGGACGUUGGUCGUCUUCAGCAACAAGCGGUUAAUAUUAUUGCUUGGACAGUGGACAUUGUCGGGUACAACGUGGAUCAGUCCAUCAACAAGCAAUACAAUCUCGUUUCUCUUCUAAUGGCUCACAAGCGGUUGUCGGUGCAGGUCGCCUCUCAGCAAGCAGGGACAAUGGUGAAGGAUGCCAUCGACGGUUUCCUCGAGACGGAGCGUCGGAUCGUGUCAGCUUUGAGGCAGCCCCCGACAUCUUCAGCUCGGUUUGCCUGGAUAUGGAGUGCUUUGAUGGGCACGGUAGAGGAGAAAGUUGGCGAAAAACAGGAAUGUGACGACCUCAUGCUGUGGAUGCAGGGGCUUCGUGACUGCAUCGUAGGCCAUACGAACUGGGUCUACGAGACGGAUUUGUUCUUCGGGACAAAGGGAGAGGAAGUACGAGGAUUUGGAUGGGUUUUCAUGCUCCCCAAGGCAAAUGCAGACGGUGCUUAG